AAGUGAGUCGCCCCGCUGCCGGAAGUCGCGCGCGCGCGCCGGGAAAUCGGAUUCUGUGACUUCUAGGGACAGCCAUGUCAUCAGAAUCCAGCAAAAAACGGAAACCCAAAGUGAUUCGAAGCGAUGGAGCUCCAACUGAAGGAAAAAGAAGUCGAUCUGACAUUGAGCAGGAAGGUAAAUACUAUAGUGAGGAGGCUGAGGUGGACCUGCGGGACCCUGGGAGAGACUAUGAGCUGUACAAGUACACAUGUCAGGAGCUGCAAAGGCUGAUGGCCGAGAUCCAGGACCUGAAAAGCAGGGGCGGCAAGGAUGUGGCAAUUGAAAUUGAAGAACGGAAAAUCCAGAGCUGUGUGCAUUUCAUGACUCUAAAGAAGCUUAACCGAUUGGCCCACAUCAGGUUGAAGAAAGGAAGAGAUCAGACCCACGAGGCUAAGCAGAAGGUAGAUGCCUACCACCUGCAGCUACAGAACUUGCUGUAUGAGGUGAUGCACCUACAGAAGGAGAUCACCAAAUGUUUGGAGUUCAAGUCUAAGCAUGAAGAAAUCGAUCUGGUUACUUUAGAGGAAUUUUAUGAAGAGGCUCCACCAGACAUCAGCAAGGUUGAAGUCACCACAGGAGACCCUCACCAGCAGACCCUGGCACGUCUGGACUGGGAGUUGGAGCAGCGGAAAAGGCUGGCAGAGAAGUACCGAGAGUGCCUGUCCAGCAAAGAGAAGAUCCUGAAGGAGAUAGAGGUGAAGAAGGAGUACCUGAGCAGCCUCCAGCCUCGCCUCAAUAGCAUCAUGCAGGCUUCCCUCCCGGUGCAGGAGUACCUAUUUAUGCCUUUUGACCAAGCUCACAAGCAGUAUGAGACCGCCAGGCAUCUGCCGCCACCCCUCUAUGUACUCUUUGUCCAGGCCACUGCAUAUGGGCAGGCCUGUGAUAAGACCUUGUCUGUGGCAAUUGAAGGCAGUGUGGAUGAAGCCAAGGCUCUAUUCAAGUCCUCUGAGGACUCCCAAGAUGAUGAGAGCGACUCAGAUGCUGAGGAGGAACAGACCACGAAACGGCGGCGACCCACACUGGGGGUUCAGCUGGAUGACAAGCGCAAGGAGAUGCUGAAGAGACACCCGCUGUCUGUCGUGCUUGACCUAAAGUGCAAAGAUGACAGCGUGCUCCACCUGACCUUCUACUAUCUUAUGAACCUCAACAUUGUGACAGUGAAAGCCAAAGUGACAACUGCCACAGAGCUGAUCACGCCCAUCAGUGCAGGGGAUUUGCUGUCGCCUGACUUGGUGCUGAGCUGUUUGUAUCCUGGGGAUCAUGGAAAGAAAACUCCAAAUCCAGCCAAUCAGUAUCAGUUUGAUAAAGUUGGCAUCCUGACUUUAAGAGACUAUGUACUUGACUUAGGUCACCCCUAUUUGUGGGUACAGAAGCUUGGUGGCCUCCACUUCCCUAAAGAGCAGCCCCAGCAUACGGUGAUCGCUGACCACUGGCAGAGCGCCAGCCACAUGGAGACCACCAUGAAACUGCUGAAGACCAGAGUGCAGUCCCGCCUGGCCCUCCACAAGCAAUUUGCAUCCCUGGAACACGGCAUUGUGCCUGUUACCAGCGAUUGCCAGUACCUCUUUCCUGCCAAGGUUGUCUCUCGUCUAGUUAAGUGGAUGACGAUGGCCCAUGAGGAUUACACGGAGCUGCAUUUUACCAAGAACAUUGUGGAGGCAGGCCUGGCUGGGGACACCAAUCUCUACUACAUGGCACUUAUUGAGAGGGGCACAGCCAAACUCCAGGCCGCUGUGGUGCUGAACCCGGGAUACUCCUCCAUCCCACCCAUUUUCCAGCUCUGUCUGAACUGGAAAGGAGAGAAGACUAACAGCAACGAUGACAACAUCCGGGGGUCCAAGCAGGAUGAAGCCGUUUAAAUAUAACCAUCCUCAGGGAUUCUUCAGCCAUCGUUGACCUCCUAUCCAGCCUGUUCUCCCUCAACAUCCUGCCCUGAGUCCUGGGCCUCUGCUCUCUUCUCUGGCCGUGUGUGAUCCUGGAGAUUCUCCAAAAACACUAGCUAAUUAAACUGGCACCAAAUGGCCUUUGUCUGAGGCAGUUUUAUAAUCUGGAAGGGCACAUGGGAGCCAGGGUGAAAGAACAUUUGUGGGUAGGCUUUUUAAAGGUGUCCCAAAAAAGCAAAAUGCAAAGGAAUUUGGAUUCUGCAGAGACAUGCCACCCACUUUUCCACAUAUGCCUUGCUUUUACUUUGGUGGGGUAGGGUGAGGGGGUCCCAUUAUCUUGGUAUUUCUUCUCCUAAGUCACUGCUAGUAGGAGGUUGCAGGAAAAAAUCAGUCAGCAGAGCCAAAAAACUUCUAUAUCCUUCCACCUAUCCAGUUAUUGUCUCUAAUGGCCAGAGUUUCUGAUCAUUGGAUGGUUUUAUGGUAGUAGUGGUUGUGUUUUGCUUUUGAUGAACUGAAGUCCUUGUGUUGGCUAAGCAGGUGAUCUACUCAAACCAUACCUCUAGUAUCCAUGUUUUAAAAGCCUGUCUGUGGGCUGGGAAAGUGGCUUAGUGGUAGAGUGCUUGCCUAGCAUGCAUGAAGC